AAGAAGAAGAAGAUGAUGAGCCUCCACGGUGCAAGGCGGGACAAGAUAUUGUGCUGCAGUCGCCUGUCGACUGGGUGCUUUUGGAUGGCCGGGAAAGUUCAGACGACCGUGGAAUUGUGCAGUACGAGUGGACGCUGCUGCAGGGCGACUCGUCGGUUGAAAUGAAGGUGCCACAGCCAGGAACGCUGAAGCUCUCCCACGUCCAGGACGGGGGGUAUGUUUUCCAGCUGACGGUGACGGACACUGCAGGGCAGCGGAGCUCGGACAACGUCUCUGUGACCGUUCUGCCCAUGGUUCGCUCUGCAGCAGCCUGUGUCGGGGUUUGCUCUCGCUACCAGUUUAUCUGCGACGAUGGCUGCUGCAUCGACAUCACGUUUGCUUGCGAUGGCGUGAGACAGUGUCCCGACGGAUCGGAUGAAACUUUCUGCCAGAACUUCAGCCGGGGCCGGAAGACGGUGACUCACGCGGCCCUCGGCACGGCCCAGCAGAGGACGGCGGGUCUGACUGGAAGCGCAGACGAGAACUUCUCUGCAGAAAACGCCCUGAAAGCCACUGCCAGAAAUCAGCCGCUUCUGCCAGGGGACGCGGACACGUCUAACCGAUCGCUUUCUCAGGGACCAAAGCAGCAAACCAGUGGAUUUGUGCCAGAUAACAGUUCCUCAGGGAGAAGAACAGAUGACAAAAAUGGGAAUGGCAUAAUGGUGCCAAAGAGAGAUCAGCUUGGAGGUGGUCGUCCCGUCCCAGAAACAGGUGCUGUGUUACCCUUAGCCUUAGGCUUGGCCAUCACUGCUUUACUGCUGCUCAUGGUUGCUUGCAGACUGCGUUUGGUGAGACAGAAGCUUAAAAAAGCUCGACCCAUUACAUCUGAAGAGUCCGAUUACCUCAUCAACGGGAUGUAUCUCUAA